AAAUAUGGCUCAGAGCGACUUCCUCUACCCAGAGAACCCGAGGCGGCGGCAGGAAGUGAGCCGCCUCCACCAGCAGCUCCUUGACUGCUUAUCUGACAGUUUCCAGGUCACCAAUCAGCUGAUCGAGGUUCUAAAUAUGCACUUGGGGUGCAGACUGGAUUUCAUUGAGAUGAAGAAAGACGGGACCAUCAAAGAAAACUGCGAUAUCAUCAUCCGAGCCAUGACAAAAAUCCAAAUGGAACUGCAAAAGGUUGACGAAGCACUCAAAGACAAACUAGAGCCCACUCUGUACAGGAAACUGCAGGAUAUUAAGGAAAGGGAAACGGUAAAGAUUGCAAUGGUACAAAAGAUUAUUUCCGUCAUCCUGGGAGAAGCCACAUCUGCAGCUAGUGCAGUGGCUGUGAAACUUGUGGGCUCCAACGUCACAACUGGCAUAAUUAAUAAGUUGGUCAACGUGCUAACUCAAAUUGGCGCCUCUCUUCUUGGCAGUAUCGGGGUUGCUGUUCUUGGCCUUGGCAUAGAUAUGGUCUUCCGUGCUAUCCUGGGAGCAGUGGAGAAAACCCAACUUGAGGCAGCCAUCAAAAGCUACGAGAAGCAUCUGGUGGAGUUCAAGUCAGCCUCAGAAAAAUAUCAUCACGCCAUUACAGAGGUGACCAAUACAGUGAAACGCCAGAUGAAAUGAACGGCCCUUUGACUUGCCCCUGGCGUAGUUUUUCUAUUACAUUUUCCACCAUCA